AAAAGUGGAAGGCGGCAAGAUGCUGUCGAUCCUGAGGAAGGCUCGUCUGAAGGACAAGGAGAUGCGGAUUCUGAUGCUUGGCUUGGACAAUGCGGGCAAGACGACGAUAGUGAAGCAGAUUAUGCACGAGGACGUCAACACCGUCAGCCCCACGCUGGGUUUUAUCAUCAAGACGAUUGACUACGAAGGGUACAAACUGAACAUCUGGGAUGUCGGUGGGCAGAAGACGCUGCGCACAUACUGGAAGAACUAUUUCGAGAAGACGGACACGCUGAUUUGGGUUGUCGACGCUACCGAUCGGGAGCGGAUUGAGGAUUGCAGACAGGAGUUGAUGGGACUUCUCGUUCAAGAGCGCCUGAUGGGAGCAUCGCUGCUGGUGUUCAAGAACAAGAGCGACAUUGCGGGAUGCAUGAGCGAGCAAGACAUCCGCGAGGGCCUGCAACUCGACAAUAUUCACACGCACAAAUGGCACAUCUUGUCCUGCUCGGCCAUGACCGGCCUCAACCUGCAGGAAGGGCUGCGGUGGGUGGUGCAAGAUGCCAAAGACCGCCUAUUCCUUUACUGAACUCCGCCUAUUCACCCCACCAAAGCUCAAGCUCCAGCUUUGCUGACGCGCUGCCCGGGCCUUUUGUUUUUAGCGCGCCCGAAUCCGAAAGCCGAUGUAAACAAAGCGGCAAUCCAUGUUCUGUACGACGACACUUGCAGGGGAAGCUGCUUCUCGUCCGCCGAAUCGAGAUGUGAAGCGUUUCAGAUGUCGUGAUCAGAUCCCAUGCCACUCGUCUGAGCACUGCUGGCGGCGAUGGUGAAGGCCGCAGAAUUGGAGACCGCGAAUUGCAAAGAGGGAACAUUCCCCCCAUCGGAGAAAUCGGGAGAGAUGGACAGGCGGCCGUAGCCGAGCGGCCUCGUCCUCCACCGCAUGUCGUCCAUAUCCACAAUUGAAGCUGUCAACACCCG